AGAACAAUCUGAGGGAAUAUGUAAGGGCGUUCUUUUCCAAGUCAAAUUUCUAAUAUACACCAAGUGUUCCACUGUGGAUACAAUAUUUUCAUUAUUUUGACAAUUUUGAAUACCAUGGAUUCCAACAACACUAGUCCUGACAACUUAUUGCCGAGUAAUUUCUGGAAUCAUAUGAUAAUAGCAUUUUCUGUUUCUAUGGUCAUUGGACUUGUGAUCGGAGGCAUAAUCUGGGCUUUGCUGGCUUGCCUGUCUAGUCGCAGAGCCAGUGCCCAUAUUUCCCAGUGGAGCACCUCAUCCUCCAGCCGGCGUCCCAGAGCUUCUCGUGGAUCUUCUGCCAGCAGGCCAGGAUUUUAUCGCAACAGCAGCUGUGAACGCCGCAGUAACCUCAGCUUGGCCAGCCUGACCUUCCAAAGGCAAGCUUCCUUGGAGCAGGCCAACUCCUUCCCAAGGAAAUCAAGUUUCCGAGCCUCAACGUUUCAUCCCUUCUUGCAGAGCCCCCCGCUUCCUGUAGAAAUGGAAAGUCAGGUGAUUACUUUGGUACCAGCCACCACCACCACCACCCUUACUGGGACCACCACCAACAGCCUAUCUCGUCCCGAGUUCCACUGGUCCAAUAAUAGUCUUCGUGUCUCCAACUCAACACAAACACCACCUCCUGCUUACGACUCUAUCAUAAAGGCGUUCCCAGACUCUUGACUCCAAUUCUUGGGGAUGUAUGUAUAUAGAAAGAAUCUCAGUUGUAUGAUUUUCUGUGGGCUCUAUGAAGACACCUUUGAAGUCUACCAUUGCAAGGACCUGCAGUGCUGAGACCCAAGUGAUAGUUCUGUGUCCCUCUAUGAUAGGCAUUUGCUGGAGUGAAACCCUGAUGUCUCUUUCAGCGACAAAUACCUCUCUUGUGCUAGUAUUCACAAUGGUCUGCUGCAUCAUGGUGUGUUUAUAUUUGCAUUGUAACCAUUGCCUUUAGUUUAGAUGCAGACUUCAUCUAGUCUAUCACAUUGACUCAUUUCUGGAGACACAGAAUGUAAAAAUAGUUUUCUUUGUAGAUAGUCUCCAAUUAACCUUAAACACAGUGAUGAAAUUGCUGUUUUUAUUUAGGGUUUCUUUUCUUUUCUUGGUCAAAGCAUUUUCCUCUGGGCAUUUUGAUAUGCAAAAUAAAUAAAUAAAUAAAUUCUACUACUUGUUCAUCAGUUGGCCAUAGUGCCAUGUGAUUACAAGAUCUACAUGAUUUUUUAAAAACAGAUGUAAAUCGCUUAGAAUUUGUUUUAUAUUUCUGUGGGCUAAGAUCCCCAAUUUAUGUUUUAAGAUCUUUCUAGUUGGAACCAUUGUCUGAUGAAGGCUGCUAGCUUGCACAUGCUUUCCUAGGAGUAAGCCUCAUUGAAUUCAGAGGCUAAACGUCAGGGUAGAUAUAAGAAAAAUCUGCUAGAGUAGGGGUUCCCAGACUGUGGUCUGCGAGCUUCUUUCAGGUAGUCUGUGGCGUGUCUCUGAAGAACCCUUCCAAUUUGAGUUCUAUUGAAUUCUAUGGAAUGCAAAAUGUAACAUAGUAAAAUGCAAUGAUCAGAAAUAAAAGAAACAAUCAAAACACAAUCAAACAUUGUACAGCACAUUACAUUUGCGACAACAGGCAGGAAAAUAUAAUUAAGUGGCCUGCCCAGAGUCUCAACAAUUUCCAAGUGAUCCAUGGGGGUGGGGGGUGGGGGGUGGAAAACACUGCCCUAAAGCUAAAAAAAAAAUGUGUGUAAGGAUGUCAAUGUUAACCUCAGGAUGAGGGGCUUCCUAAGCCAAUCCCUCCUAUAAGCCUCCUAAGCAUGGGAAACAUCAGAUUAAAUUCACGGCCUGUACUCUUUUAAAGGAAAACAUCAUGAAAAUGAUGUUUAGAUGACAUUUAACGCCUGUUAAAUUAGCCAAAAUCAAUAAAUCCAAUAACAAAAAAUGUUGGAAGUGUAAUGUUAAAGAGGGAGACUAUUAUCAUCAGUGGUGGCUUUGCGAAAAGGUGAAAGUUUAUUGGGAGCAAAUAUAUAAUGAAUUGAAAAGAUUAUUAAGAUAUACUUUCCCAAAAAAACCCGAGGAAAUGCUAUUAGGGAUACUGAGCAGGAACAUUAAAAAAGAGGAUCACAAACUCUUCAUGUAUGCCACCACCCCCGCGAGAGUUAUCUUGGCCCAGAGGUGGAGAACGACUGAAAUACCGACUAUAGAGGACUGGAGAGAGAAAAUGCGAGAAUAUCUGCAGUUGGCUAGGCUAACGGGAAGAAUAAGGGACCAAAAGGAGCAAAAGUUCCAAAAGGAAUGGAAUAAAUUUAUAGAGUAUUUGAAGGAGCAUGGUAAGAUAUGAAACGCCUGUAGGUCAACAUUAUAAAAUGCAACAGCUUAAAGUAACCUAAGUCAAAAACCUAUGUUUAAUUUGUAAGAUAAUCUGUGACGGGUAUAACUUUAGAGAGCGCAAAACUGAAUAAAUGGAAGAACAAGCCUGAAAGAGAGAGAGGUGGAAGUCGACCAUAAGAGGAGCAGAAUAAAAACAAUUACUGAAAGGGAAAGGGAACUGAAACAAACAAGUUAUAAAACGAAGUUGAUAAAUUGUAACAAUUCUUAAUUUAUUUAAAAAAUGACAAGACACAUCCUGGAAUUUGUAUACUCUUUAUUCAACCUUUUUUGUAUUGAAAUGUUUCUUUCUGAUUCUUGCUGAUGUAUGUAUAGGAAAAGCCAAUAAAAACGAUUAUGAAAAAAAGAGAAAAAAAUAUAAGCCUCCUAAGCAUGAAAUAAAAGAGUUGUGCAAAGGAGAAGUACAUAUACGUCAGUCCUGCUUCCUCUUUCACUGUGAUGAGUGUUGCUGCUUUUAUUGGGAUGUUGCCAUCAAAUCACAUAAUGUUAGAUUCUGAGCUGGUUUCAAUGCAAUCCAAUGCUUGCAGACUGUCACAGUUUUCAGUUUGGCAAUAAUCAUGCCUUGGGUUAACCUCAUUGUCUAUGAUACUGCCACUGAUAUUAUUAGUGUUCCUAGAAAUAUGUCACUGCAAUGAAAAAUCCCUGAGCCUUUAAUUCUGUUUGCAUUUCCUGCUAAGAUCAAUACAAUUGCUGUUUAGAAGAGAGUAAGAUUUCCUCCAGAGUGCAUAGAUAAUUUGUUCAGUCUGUGUUUUCGAUGAUAAUGGAAAAGCUCUUUAAAUAAAUGGGUUUUUGUUUUUAUUUUUUUAGUAUUUACUUCUGGAAAUGUUGCAAAUGAUCUGUAUAUAGCUUAUAUAAGGUAAUAUCCCAUGUAUAGCAUUAGUUCUCAUAGGGAAUUUAUGAGACUGCAUUAUGUACUGUGUUUUCCUGCUAUAAUUCACACAGGAUGCACAAAGGAAUGUUUUGUGUGCUCAGCUCAGGGAAGCUGAAAUAUGAAUCCUGUGGUUUUUGGUCAGUUGCUUGAUGGUAUACUGUAUUUUUCCAUGUAUAACACGCCCCUAUGUAUAAGACGCCCCCUAUUUUGGGGGGGGACUCAAAAUUAAGAAAAUGGGGGGAGAUUGCCUCCAUGAAUAAGACUACCCCCCUUUUUUAACAUUAUUUUUUAGUAAAAAACAACAACCCCGUCUUAUACACAGAAAAGUACGGUAUAUUUAAAGACUAGACAAAUCUCUUUUUUUAUCAGCAUAUUGGAAAUGUUGGGAUUUAAAUAAAGUCAGAAAUAUUGCUCUAUGUUAUCUUUUUGGUUAUUUUAAGAAAUAUUCCAAUUUACACCUGAAAUGAGUUUUUCCCUGACUGAAUGCUACCAGAUUUGUACACUUGAAAAUCUGACUACAACAAAGCACUCAUUCUUUCCUUAUGCUGUAGUUGAGAACUUGGAGAACGAUAUAGAAAAUUCCCCAGCAGGACCUCUUUCUGCUCUUUAGCACCAUUGAUACUGACAAGCUAUUUGUGCAAAUUCCCUUGAUUAAUUCUCCUCCUUGGCAGGAAGGCCCUAUAGCAAGUGAGCUACCUGUUCCUAUCCCUCCCUGUCUCUGUUUCUUUUGACUUGCUAGGGGGGAAGAGGCUGCUAUUAUUUUUAUUAUUUAAUACAUGUUAAGCUGUAGAAAGAACAGACUUGGUACCCACAGGGAUUCACCAAGGGGCCGUGGUGGUGCUCCAAGUAUAGAGUCCUUCCUGGGGUUUCUGGAUAUAGUUAUUUCUCUUUCCCCUCAAUUCCUGUCCCUGGAAGGUGUGUUCUUUUGGGCUCAGAAAAAGUUUUCUGUUGUUUUCUACUUUCUGCAUGCUUCAUUUUUAAAGUACAGUGGUAUAUUGGUACUCAAACGACUUGGCUCCCAAGAAAAUUGGCUCCCAAACGUCACAAACCCAGCAGUGAGUGAUCCAGUUUGUGAACAUUUUUCGGAAGCUGAAUGUCCGACGCAGCUUCCAUGGCUUCUGAUUGAGUGCAGGAAGCUCCUGCAGCCAAUCAGAAGCAGCGCCUUGGUUUUCGAACUGUUUCAGGAGUCGAACGGACUUCCGGAAUGGAUUAAGUUCGAUAACCAAGGUACCACUGUAUCUCUUCCUUCCAAAUCUGUACUGCUCCCCUGGCUACUUUAUCCCUUCCACUUUAUCCCCCACUUUAUUGUAUGCCAAGGAGGAAUAGGGCUCCCCUCCACAGAUGUUGAAGCUGCAUGGAGAUGUGGGUCAGCUGUGUCAAGCCUCUGGAAAGUUCCAACUGCAGCUAGCUGGGUAUAAUCUUCCCAACUACAAGGAGAGUCACUAUAUUCUA